CUCCGUAGUCCGUGCUGAUAACGAAUAACGAUAUUGUAUUGUGACUACGGGAAUUGCCAUGCGGCAAGACGUAGCAACUGGCAUUCCAAUUUCUAAGUAUUCUGACAUUAAAUUUAUUCUUAAAUUUCUGAAUAGCUUUUUUCUGUCAUUUGAAUUUGAAUUUUUUAUGUUCUGCUUACAAGUUAUCACUAUGCUUUGUGGGGUAAUCUGAACUCUGUAGUAUUGUAGUUUGUACUCAAGAGUCGCUACCGCCUACCAAAGACAACUACAAUUUAUUGUUAGUUCUUAUAUGUAGUAUCACAAUUAUAAAGUCAACCUAAAACACGUGGAUCGUCGAUAAUCAUAUUUUACAGAUAUAUGAUGGGAAAAGUAAAGAAUAGGAGGAAAAGUCUAAAUUCAUUAAAAAGAAUGCGUCGGUCUGUUAAGAAUUCUAAGAAUUUGAUUGUAAAAGAAAUGAUAUCCAAAACGGUAGCUAUGAACAUUAAUGAACCAAAUGCAAGUGCGGUUGAUGUAAUAGAGGAUAACAAUGAAAAUUCACUUUCUACCGAUGAACUUAAUGAAAGUAUAAAAACGGUUUCUCCCAAAGUAACAGUAUCAAACAUUACAAAUGAUGAAAUUAUAGAUAUUACUAAUAUUACUGGUGGUGAUAGUACAUUUGAAAACUCCCCAACUGUAAGUUAUAAAAAUACUGCCCUGAACAUCAAUAAUGAUCAAAUAAUAGAUAUUACCGAUAUUACUAUCACAAGCAAUACAGAUGAAAAUGUCCAUAAACAAUUUUCAAGUGAUACAAUAUUGUUUGAUGUUGAUGAUGAUGAUGUCCAAAUUAUUGAUGUUCCUACUUGUGUUCAAAAUAAAUCUAUUGAACUUAUUACUAUAUCAGACGAUAGUGAUGAAGAAAAUACAUCAAAUCAGGAAUCUAUUGAAAAACCAAAUAAUUUUAAAUCUGUGCACGAACGUCUAGGUAUUCCUACAACAAGCACAGUUAAAAGCUCAUAUAAUAGUCCUUUACGUAACCGUAAAAGGAAAUGGGCAGAAGAAAAUAUAACUAAAUUUAAUUCUUUGGGUGACAACUUAGGAGGAUUUAUUAUUGAUACACAAAAAAUUUCUUCUAACUCACAGAAUUUUAUUACGUUGGAAAAAAAACCUGUUAAGAAGUUUAAGCCACACAUAUCUUCAAUAAGUACAACGUCUAGAACUAAUAGAAAGCUGCGACCAAUCAUCAUUGAUGGUUUAAAUAUUGGAUUUGCACAUGGUUCAGGAACGUUUUCAGGAAAAGGCAUUGAAUUGUGUAUAAAAUUUUUCACUGAUCUAGGACAUAAUGAUGUGAUAGCAUUCAUUCCACAACAUCGACAGGGACCACCUGGGUCUGAAUCGAACACCAUCUUAAAUAAUUUAGUUAAAAAAGGGCAAAUUUGUUUUACACCUAGCCGAAAAGUCCAAAAUACAAGGAUGACAUGUCAUGAUGACCGAAUUAUCCUCAACUACGCCCAUAAAUGUGACGGAGUGGUUGUUUCAAAUGACAACUAUCGAGAUUUAUAUGAAGAAAGUGAAGCAUUCAAAGAGAUCAUUGAAAAUAGACAAGUAAUGGUCACAUUUGUCAGGGAUGAAAUAAUUGUUCCAGAAGACCAAUACAAUCGAAGAUCAACUAUCCGGUCUCUUUCAGAUAUUUUGUGUUUUCCAGAAUAAAUUUAUACUGUCUAACUGUUUAAAUAUACUUCAACAAAGUAAUAUUUUAAUUACAAAUGAAAAGGAGAUUUAAUUAUCCAUGUAUUUUUUUUUUCAUUAUUCAUAUCUAUUUCAAAUUUAAUGUGAGAAACAUUUAUAAUGUAUAUUUAAAACAUUUAAGACUGAUAAAUUUUCUUUUUAAGUAGGUAGGUAUAAAAAUAAUAUUUUGUUAAUUACAUAAGAAAAAAAAAUGUAAAAUAAUGUGGUUUAGUUUACUGUUCAAUAAAACUAACAUAAUUACAAUAAUAAUUAAAAUACAUUAUUCAUUACAUUGAAAAGUUUUAUUUAUACCUAAUAAAUUACAAUUUACAAUUUUAGAAAGCAGUCAAAUACAUGUAAAAACUAAAAAAUGAAUAUGUAUUAAAUUUAAAUUUAAUAAUAAAUCAUUCUCUACGUAG